UGACUGAGAGCUUUCCCCACCUGGGAAUGAGAGUGCUGAGAUUACUGUCAGCCUGGCAGAUGGACCUCCAGUCUCCUCGAUUUUCUGCCCCUCCCAGCAAGCCUCACAUGGGUUUUUUUUUCUACAUAUCAAGGCCAGAUAUCAUAUCGUAAUCUCAUAUUAAUGUCCUUAUGAUGCAUUCCAGUCCAGCCACUUGUGUUGGUUGAGGGAGCCGCCAGCUAUUCAAUGAUGUAUCUCUCUCUGCUAUUUGUGUCCAGUAUAGAUCUGCUGCAUUCUGCAUUGACCCUGGCUUGUCUCUCUGUGUGAGCUGAGAGCAGAUGGAACAUGCUGGAAAUGUGUUUUGUUAUAAUUGAUAAUCCUAGAUAAGCUUUUGCUUAGUGGUAAAGUGUUUUUUAUGUAUUUUAUGAAAGAUAGCUCUUUACAGAUUGAUAUGACACCAAAAGCAAGCAAAAAACUUCUUUUUUUGAUGAACUUGCUGUCGAUCAAGCCUCUAAAUUUUUACAUUGUGCCACUGGAUGGCGCUAAAAUUCUGCACAUGCAAUGAAUUAGACGCCACUGGCAUGCUUUACCCAGACAGAGGCCCAAAGUCCCACCGCUCAUGAUCUUUCUGAGCCGAGGGAAAAAUGGCUCUGACACAGACUGAUGACUCAUGUAGGCCACAGUUCUGAAUGUAUAAAAACACACAUUGUCAACGAAUGCUGCAUUAAAAAAAAAAAAAGAGCCACCAGCUCGGACAAAAUACUGAAAGCCACAAAUGCAAGGUUAACCUCUCUGAAGGGUCGUUUGUGAAGGAUUGCACGUGGUCGUGAACGGCACCAAAACCAGGAAAAAUACACAUCUCAAUGUGAUAGCUGAGCUUAAAAUACCAGAUGCUGUGCUAUCAGUUUGCUAGAAAAAAACAAAAAGCAUGUCAUGCAGUAAACACUGAAUAUUUUAAUCACUAGAUCCUUAAUUUGACACAGCAGAACUUUCCGACUGACAGGACAGAUUGCAGGAUGAUUUCUUUGUAGCUCGCAGAGUGUAUACAGUAUGCACGCAGCUUCAUUAGCUGAUUUCUCUCUCUUUCGCAGAGCAGGUGCGAGCAUCCUUGACACAUGUUUAGUAGAAGACAGUCCGGUGACAUGUGGCUGAGAAUAUGUGUGAUGAGGAAAUGUAUGCUGAGAAGUGUACGGUAAACAGCAGGUGAUAAACUUCUUGCUUGUCUGCAAUGAAAUGUCUUCUUCUCGCGUAUCAGUUGGAUUUAAUUAAAGCUCUAGCUGCAGAUUAGCCUCUGAUUGUUUCCCUUGACGUGUUUUAAAAGUUAAAGUAGGAAAAUGGAAGAAUUUGCUGUAUUUUUCCAAUUGUGGAAAGUCAGUGAGUCUGUAGGAGGCAACAAGAAAGGGCCAAAUGUGACCUUUUAUCACAACUGUCAUGCCUCAUCAUAUGAGUUUGUGCAAUCUCAUAAUAGCCAGUAAUUUAAAUCUUGAACACAAAUAAAAUGCAAGAAAGUAAAUAUUAUAAAACAGGCUGCAGCUCACUUGUAGUACCAUUCUAAAGCAAACAAGCAUGGAACAAAAUGCAAAACAUCAGCUUACUUCUUUGUCGGCCCUUCAGUGCUGACAACGUGGUCCUUGUUUGAACCCAAUUGCGUAUCCUUGAACUAAAUACAUGAGCUCAAGUGGUGCACUUAUUCUAAGUGUAAUUUUUUGGUACUUGAUACUUCCACUCUACUACAUUUCAGUGAAUAAUAAUGCACCUUUUCUUCCACUACAUUCAUUUUCCAGCUGUAGCUUCUUUACUGAUUUAGAUUUUGGAUACAAUAUAUUGUGUAAACACAUGCAUAUUUGUAAUUCAAAUGCAAUGAAAGGUAAAGUUAUCUAAUAUUUAACCAAAAAUUUUUUUUUAAAAUACAAUUUUCUGGUUAAAAUGUACUUAAAAAUGUAUAUGAAGUAGUUCAAACUAGCUUCACAUCACCAGUUACAACACUAAAAUGCUGAGGCACCAGUAAUGAUCUAGUACUUUGUACUUAAUUUCCAUUUAUGUGAUAAUAUUUCUGUACUUUUGCCUUAAAAUGCAGGACUCUUUGUAAGUGGAGUAUUUUUAUAUUAGUAUCAUGGAACUUUUGUAAGAUAAAAGAUCUGAAAGCAUCUUGCGUCACUAAAUCUUAAUUUUACAUCAUUAUUCGUGGAAGCUGUGGUGGAAAUGUGGUGUUAAUGACAAAACAAAGCGUGGUUGGAAACUGUGUAGCUCGCGGCAUAUGCUUAAUAUACGUUUUCCUGUGUGAAAAUGGUGAUAUUACUUAUUUUUGUCCCCUUCUUGUGCUUUCUAUUGUUGAGGAAAUAUUCCGUUAGCAUCUUUGAAGUUAUUUCCUGUCGAAAAAUACAAUCAUUUCCUGAGAGAUACACGAACCCACAUUUUACGUGCGUGUGUUUUACAGAGAACAAAGACGACUCCGAGCAUCAAGUCAGACUGGUUGGAGGUUGGAGAGCUCUGCUCUCAGAGUCUGGGUGAGAAAGUGGAAAAAAAAAUCUGCGAGUUCGCUUGGCAAAGCUCAGCCUCCCUGAACAGAGAAUUUGAAACAGUGAGAAGCAAGUAAUCGAAUGAGAGCACUGGACAGCUGCCUUACCUGUGUUUGCAGUCUGGAGAAGAUACAGCGAAGACAAAAAGUAAAAAGUUGAAGGCAAGAAAGACAAGGAGGAGAGUUGACACUUGGGAGGAGGAAGAAAACCUAAAAAAGCACAUCUGGAGAGAAGCAGAGAUGGAAAACCUGCCUGUCUACCACGGACCCAUUGGUAAAGAAGAAGGGGAGCGGCGGCUGGCCCAGGACGGCCGAGAUGGGUGCUACCUCGUCCGCAACAGUGACUCUGUGGAAGGCGUCUUCUGCCUGUGUGUGCUGUGCAACGGAUACGUCUACACAUACAGACUCCACAGAGAUGACACGGGUUCGUGGGCUGCAGAGACCACUCCUGGUGUGCAGAAACGAUAUUUCCGGAAGAUCAGGAACUUGAUAGCAGCUUUCCAGAAGCCUGGACAAGGAAUUGCCAUGCCUCUGCUCUACCCCAUCACCGCUCAGAGACGGGCGCAAACACACACCGAGCCACCGAUGCCCAGCAAUAGCCAGUCGCCGACGUACAGCAGCUCAAACCCUUGCUUCAAUCAGCUGACGCCACAUGCUGCUCAGGGACAGAAAAACAGGAACAAGAAGGAGGUGCAGCAAGCUUUUAGUUAGGGGCAAACCCUAACCUCACCACUGAGCUAAUUAGGAAGAAAAACACAAUUUUUGCAUAGUUCCUAGCAUGAUGUCUGUGAAGUAAAUGUCAUUUUUUUCCUUGUUUGUUAAGUUCUUUUAGCGGUGACUCAGAUCUCCUUCCGGUAUCUUCCUCUCUGCACAUGCAGCCCCAUAACGUUCAGGGAUGUGAUGUGAAAUAUUCCACCGCUGGAACAUUAAUAUCCAUUACUGCAUGCAUAAGUUGACAACAAAUAUUGUGCUCUGUUCUCUUAAUGCAAUAGAGUUGUGUGAUUGGCGAAGAAAAAUAAAUGAUAUUGGUUUGGAAA